AUGAAAGUGCCAGAGACUGGAAUCCGCUUCAUAGUGGUGGAAAUUGCUUGGAUAGUUUUGAUAGAUCAGAAUGAAAACUAUGCUCAAGGCAAAUGGCUUGUGGGAUAUGGUUACAAAGAAUUGGAAGAUGAUGUCGAGUACACAAGUGCACAAAAGAAGGAGAACGAGGAAAAAUCUCAAGAAAAAUCUCAAGAAAAUUCAAGAGCUCUUGCCUUUAUCCAAAGCGGGGUGAACGAGACCAUAUUCUUAAGAAUUAUAAUUGAGGAAGAAGCCAAAACAGUUUGGGAAGUGCUUCAACUUGAAUUUGAAGGGUCAGAUAAGGUGAAAUCAGCCAAGUUGGUGACUUUGAUAAUGGAGUUUGAGAGGUUAAGGAUGCAGGAGCCUGAUAGUGUGAAGGAAUAUGUUGACAAAGUCCAAAAAUUUCUGAGUCAGAUGAAGAUUCCUAGUGAGGAGUAUCCAAAGAAGCAAGUGGAUGCUAUUAAAGAAUCCAAAGAUUUGGACACUCUAACCAUCAAUAAGCUUGUUGGCUCUUUACAAGCCAGUGAGCAAAGGGUUGUAGGAAGAAUGGAGGGAAGCACAGAGGGUGCGUUUCAGGCCAAGCAACGAAAGAAAUGGGAUGCUAAUGAUAAGAAGGAAGGAAAACAUAAAUUUUCUCCUUGUCCUGUCUAUAAAAAGAUGAAUCAUGUUGAAAAGGACUGUUGGGAUGUUGAGGAGGCUAACGUGGCCAAGGAGGAACGUGGAAAGAACAUGUUCAUGGUCACAUGUAGAAGACGAGAUAAGUCAGAUUGGCUUAUAGACAACGGGUGUAUGAGUCAUAUGACUUUUGAUUCAACAUUGUUUGACAAUUUGGAUACCACAAAUAGACCUCUCAUCAUCAUUGGAGUGGUGAAGAACUAUGAGCAGAAGGCAGGGGGACCAUAA